AUAACUUGAGAACUUGACAGUAACAAAAUGGGCGGCCGAUAAUCCCUGUCGCUUCUUCUAAGUAGUUUUUUCCCUCGUAUUAGUAGUGUAAAAAGCCUGUGUUUGUAUUCCUUAAAGUAGAUUCUUAGUGCCGGUGCUAGUUUCUUCAACUUCCCUGUCACAACAUAGCCUCUCGUAAUGCGUGCGCCCGCAAGCGCGCGCGGUGCGGGAGUGCGCGGCGCCAGUGUGCCGCGGUGGGGCGACGCACCCGCGCCGCCGGCCACCGACUAUUCCACGCUUGCGGCUCCGCAAUGCGCGCAGCCGCUGUAUCCGUUCGACGAGCAGAUCAACCAGCGGUUCGCGAUAUGGCAAGGUGACAUCACAAGCCUUGAGGUCGACGCGAUCACGAACACAACAGACGAAACGCUGUCAGAAUGCAAUGCUGUCAGCGAGCGGAUCAUGUCAGCGUGUGGCGCCGAACUGAAGGAAGAGAUUGUGACGAGAGGCCAUGAGUGCCGUACGGGCGAGGUGGUAGUGACUCCCGGCUUCAACCUCCGCUGCCGGCACAUACUGCACACAGUGAGCCCCUCGUACAGCCCGCAGUACCACACCGCGGCCGAGACAACACUCCACAACUGUUAUCAGAACGUGCUGUGCUGCGCGGGCUCACUGCGCGUGCGGACACUGGCGCUGUGCGUGGUGGACACGCCGCGCCGGGGCUUCCCGCCCGACCUGGCCGCGCACACUGCACUACGUACGAUCCGUCGCCACCUCGAGCAGAACAAGAGCCCGCAGCUGGUGGUGGUGGCGUGCGCGUGCGGCCCCGACGCGGCGCUGCUGGCGGCCCUCGCGCCGCUCUACUUCCCGCGCAGCGCGCGCGAGGCCGACGCGGCGCGGAUGCGGCUGUCGGACCCGACGCCCAACGAACGUCGGAUACGGAUCAUACAUAACCCGCACGAACAUAAUGAGGAUAGUGCGGAAGAUGACACUUCGCUAUGCGACGACGAGGCCGCGGCCGAAGCGGCCGAGGCGGCGGCGGCCUUCGCGCGCGCCUGCGCCCCCGACACGCAGCGCCUGCUGGCGCCCAGCCCCGCCGCCGUGCGCCGCCGGCUAGAUGACCACGAGCAAUAUGAACGGUUACUCCGACGAGCGAAAGCCGAGGACCUAAGCGAGGUGUCUGGCAUCGGCUGCCUGUACCAGAGCGGCGUGGACCGGCUUGGGCGACCCGUCGUCGUGUUCAUCGGAAAAUGGUUCCCUAUUGGCGAUAUCGACCUUGACAAAGCACUACUGUACCUGAUCAAGUUAUUGGACCCCAUCGUCCGCGGCGACUACGUGAUCGCGUACUUCCACACACUCGCCUCCUCCGGCAACCACCCGCCCUUCUCCUGGCUGAAGGAGGUCUACACCGUGCUGCCUUACAAAUAUAAGAAGAAUCUGAAAGCGUUUUAUAUUGUACAUCCCACAUUCUGGACGAAGAUGAUGACGUGGUGGUUCACGACGUUCAUGGCGCCGGCCAUCAAGGCCAAGGUGCACACGCUGCCGGGCGUGGAGUUCCUGUACGCCGUCAUGGCGCGCGACCAGCUCGACGUGCCCGCCUUCGUCACCGAGCACGACAUGACGAUAAACGGUCUACAUUACUUCCAGCCAGACACGAACAGCACGUAGACGUGAACUGCACGUGCGCGUGCUCACGUCUCGUGUCGCCACGUGUCUCACGUGCCUCGCGUCUCCACGUCGCCACGUCGCUCGUCUUCGCAGUUCACUACACAUAGUACAAUACGUUAUGUGGUCAAGGUAUCCAAUAACGACACGGAACAAGUGCCAAAUAUAUGCACACGCUACCUUGUGUAUGGUCAAUAAGGUGGUGAGUAUAUAUGUGGGCGGCCGAUCGUAAAAUCAGGCAGAUCAUGAAAUUCCUAGGCAUAUCGUGAAUUGUCUAAAUCAUUGGCUCGUUCCCCGAGUCGACGAGGCUCCUAUUUCUGGACAGUUUGCCCUUCGGGCAUCUGAAGCAACCUAUCUUUGGUUUAGUGAGACUACACAGGAACUUAACGAUCGGCCUGAUUUUACGAUCGGCCGCCGACAUAUACAUAUUAUUGGCACAUUGUCCGAGUCGAUGUUUAUUACCUUGAUUACCAUCAUCCACUCCGUUAACCGACUAUUCGUAUACAAACCUUAAAGACAAGACAUAAAGGCCACCUUCAGUGAAGUGUUGUAGUUCCAGCAAUCCCAGCAUAGCAGAGAUUUUUGUAUUAAUACUGCUAAAACAAAAAAAAAAUACUGUGCUGUGAACAGUCACUAGAUGACGCUCUUGGAUUUGCCCCUUUCCGCCUUUAAAGAAAUAUUUGAUGACUACGCUAUUUAUUAUGUACAGUCGCCAUCAGAUAUAUCGGAGCGGCGGAGGUGCUCAAAAAUAUCUGAACACGCACUACGCUAACGCCUUGACAAUAGAGGCGUGUUCAGAUAUUUGUGAGCACCUCGGCCGCUCCGAUAUAUCUAAUGGCAUCUUUACUAUCUUCACAAUUUUUUGUUCGAGUGUAUAGUAAAAACCAAGAAUACAUGUUACAACCAUCAGCGAAACCUAAAAAUAGUUUUUGAAUAUAUUUUAUUGUUAAUAUCGCUGCCUAGAAAAAGGUAUAAAAGUAGUCGAAAAUGUAUGAAUACCGAGAGAGACCUAAUUUUUAAUACAUAUGUAAAAAAGUUCGAAAAAGAGAGAGAAGAGUGUCUCUAUAAAAUUGUUCUCGUUAUGUCAAGUUUAAAAUCGUAACAUCUGUAGGGCUAAGAUGGUCGGUGUUUUAUCAUCUGUCAUUAUGCCUGUCACGUUCUAACAAGUAUGUAAGUGCGAAAGUGAUGCAUGACAUGAAAAGUGAUAAAAAUGCGACCAUGAUACCGCCGCUGUAAGGGUUAGCCUUGCCUAUGAUUGUCUGAUCUGGCAUAAUUUGUUUCUGAUAAUUCCAAUGAUAAUCUAUAGGUAGAAUAAGGAACACAAAAAAAUACUUCCAUAUUUAUUUCUAGACCUACGAAGAAAUCUAUUUUGAUUCAUUUUUGCAUUCCAUUCAUAAUUGUUGAACAUUAGCUUCUCUCUUUCUGUGAGCGGGAACUCGUCAGCGCGUGUGCAUUUCUCGCUUGCCCAGAUGCGACUAAAGGAAACUUGUACAAUUUGUCACAAUAAGCGCUUCAAUUUUGAAACGAAACUUUGAGUUAUAAUAAAUAAUUGGACAAUUCUUUAAAACUUGCCAUUUUUUUUCUGAUAGAUUUAUGUUACCAUAGAUGUUGCGAUUUAAAUUCUGUCUUGUCUGUAGUUAGCUUUAAAAAAGACAUUACUAUGGUUUCUUAACUGCAAAGGUAAGAUGACAACCAUCGACAUUAUACUUCAUUUUUGUAAGAAAAAUUUAACAAUCCUUAUUUGUGUUUUAUAAAUUAAGUCAAUAAAAAUAUAGAGUAGUUAUCUAAAUCAGAAUUAUGUUUGAAAUAUUGGCCUGUAUUUUGUAUCUCUUAAGAAUUUUAGUGAAAUCUGUAAAUAAUUUAAUUAUUUAAAUAUUUCACUGAACUCGUUUGUUAACACUGUAUCUUGUAAUCUAUGUCUUAGUAUUAGAGGUGCAUUUUAUAAUUAUUUAAUGGUAAUAUGGUUGCCUGGUAAUGUUCUUGUAGGGCGUGUACCUACUUAGAUUUGUUGCUAUAAUGUGUACACGGCAUUAUAGAUUUUUGGCACUAUGCCCUUGUUCUUGAAACUUCUUUUUUUCAACGAGUCUAAGUACUGCAUUUUUAAAAUAUGCCAUUAAAAAAGAAUUAUACUGAAUACGCAAUGUAAAAAAAAUCCUUUCAAAAAAACAUGUGCCUAUUUUUUUCACAACUUUCAAUCUGUCCUAUAGUAAUUCGAUCCUGCGACAGGGUAUGUGCUUAAGCACAUAGUUUAUUUAAACGUCAUAGAUUUUAUAUUAGCUAAGCUUUACAUAGACAUCUUGUACCUAAUGAUGCAAUUAGAAGCAGUGGGAGUAGAAAAGACUAACCUCAAAAUUUUUAAGAAUUAAAAAAAAAUCGAAUUCUUUACAAUGUUGCCAACAUACAAUAACCAUAGACAAUUGUCGCGUUCACUACUCCUACGUUUUUACGUUGAAAGGUGCUUGAUAUUUUUUGCAUAUGAGAUUUUAUUUUUACAUUACGUAGAUAAGAUAUCGGGAGAAGUAUAGAAUUAAAAUUGUAUGUAAAUAUGCUGUUGACGUUUAAACAGUUUUGUGAGUUCACCGCCAAUGUUAAAUACAAAAUAUUAGAUACACAUAAUCAUAGAUCGUAAUGAAAUUUGUAAAACUUAACUCCCACGAUAGUAGAAAAAUGUGACGUCGUUUGGAGAAAGCAAUCUUAUGCCGUUAAACAUAAAGACAUGUUUAGAUUGUCAUUUGUACAUGGCAAUAUUAUUUUAUGAUUGCCUUGUUGAACCACACAAGGUACCUACCAAUUUAAGACAUUGUACUGUGUUUUACACUUAUAUUGAAACAUCUCAAUGUCUGUUUAUUUCUCAUUUCUAACGAACCUAAAGCGAUCUGUAGAAAUAUUGCCAAUUACCAACCACUGCCUCCACGUCAGGUGAGAUUGUAAAUUCAGUGAGAUUUCAUAAUAUAUCUGGUCUUAGAUGAACGAUAUUUUUGUAUUUAUCAAAUAGCACCAACAGUUUGUUAUAAUGUUUAUAGCACUGACACCAUGUGAAGUUAGAUAGUGGCGCCGCCUAGCGUAUGAUUUAAACAAUAGUAUGCUCGCAAAUUUGUUUUCUAUCUCUUUCAAACAGUGUGUAAUAGGCCUAAAACAGAAAAAAAAGAGAUUUAAUUAGGUUAAUCCUAGUGUUACCAAUGAUAACAACUAUUAACUGGUAAUCUGGGAAUAAUAACAGAUGGCGCUUUAAAAGCCUGAUAUAUUUUGCAUUCCUAGCGCUUUUGUAACGCCAUCUAGUGACGUGAAACGUUUUAUUUGGGCGAAUCAACUUUUCGACCGACAGUUUUGAAUCUCUUGCGUUACUCAAAAUGUCUCUGGGGUUACCGAGAAAUCGGGCUUCUAAUAUAUAUCGUUUCUGUUUAUUGUUUCACAGUUGGGUCUUAGGGACUUUGAAUGUUUUAACAUACACCCAAAACUGAAACAGAACAUUAUAAUUUGAAUAAUAAAAUAAAU